AUGCUUUCCAGGGGUUGCGUCGUCGGGCGUUUGCUCCGCAACGCCCAAUCUGACGGAGAUCCACGUUUGAGCCUCGAGCCCCACAACCUGCUGGUACGCCACGCCCGCCUGACCACCCUGGCGAAGGCCGCGGGGCGGUCGCAUCGCCUGGCUGGGCCCGGAUCGGCAGCUCCCAGCCGACUCCGCCGCCGAGUUCGAGAUCGACGCCGAGGGCGGCUGGUGACCCCCGGGCUGAUCGACUGCCACACCCAUCUGGUGUGGGGUGGCGAUCGGGUCCGUGAGUUCGAGCUGCGUCUCGAAGGCGCCUCGUACGAGGAGAUCGCCCGCCAGGGUGGCGGCAUCGUAUCGACCGUCCGCGCCACCCGCGAGGCCAGCGACGAAGAGCUCUACUGCGGUGCCGAGCGACGCCUCGCCAGCCUCGCCGCCGACGGCGUGACGACGGUGGAGAUCAAGUCGGGCUACGGCCUAGACACGGCGACCGAGCGCCGACUGCUCGAAACCGCGCGCCGGCUCGGCCGCCAGCAACCGGUGCGAGUCCACAGCACUUUUCUCGGCGCCCACGCCGUGCCGCCGGAAUUCGCCGAUCGCGACGACGCCUACAUCGAUCUGAUCUGCGAAGAAAUGCUGCCAGGCCUGGCCAAGGAAGGUCUGAUUGACGCGGUCGACGGCUUUUGCGAGGGCAUCGCCUUCUCGCCCGCCCAGAUCGAGCGGGUGUUCUGCCGCGCCAAAGAUCUCGACCUGCCGGUCAAGCUACACGCAGAGCAGCUCAGCAACCUGGGCGGCGCCACGCUGGCAGCACGAUUCGAGGCGCUGUCGGCCGACCACCUGGAAUAUCUGGACGAGGCCGGCGUCCAGGCAAUGGCCACGGCUGGCACAGUGGCGGUGCUGCUGCCGGGGGCCUUCUACUUCUUGCACGAAACUCAGCGCCCGCCGGUCGAGCUGCUGCGCCGGCAUGGCGUGCCGAUCGCCGUCGCCACCGAUCUCAAUCCCGGCAGCUCGCCGAUUCACUCGCUGCUCACCACUAUGAACAUGGCGGCGGUGCUCUUCGCCCUGACCCCGGCGGAGGUGCUCGCUGGAGUGACCCGCCACGCUGCGCAAGCCCUUGGCGUGGGCUGA